AUGGAUGUAGGCGUAUUUCAAUUUCUGAAGGAAGCGCAUCAGAAGAAGCUUCGUGAGGCGUUGCGGAAGGGAAAUCUUACCUUUGGCCGGCGUGCCUUUGCAGGAGCUUUUCAGGAGAUCUUUAAUGAAGGCUUCACUGCCGCUCACAUCAUCUCGGGCUUCCAAAAAACGGGCAUCUACCCUCCCACAGACCGACCUGCCAUAGAAUAUUUUCUCAGGAAGCAGCUCAAGAAGAAGAAGACCUUCACGCCUGCUCAUUUCUCACUUCUUCCCUCAGAUAUGCGAUUUCACGCCGCUUCUAGCACCGCCGAGACCAUCGGCGAGCGAUAUCACGAUAUCCUCAGUUCUCCUACGCUCGCAGGGCUCCGGCACAUUCGCAACAUCGUUCAUGAAGCUGUGGUGCUUGAGGAUGUUAUCAAAAAGUACGUGGAUGAUCGAAGAACUCGCAUCGAAAAGCGGUAUCACGAGAGAAAGCGAGGCCGCCGCGCAAAGACUGUCUCUGACCUUAUUCCUACAGUAUCGCUGCAAGAUCUGCGAGAUCAACAAGAGGAGGCUAUCGCCGACGAUAAGAAGAAGCAACAUAAGCAGGGUAUACGAUUCACACGAUCUGUCAUCAUCAAGGAGAUGAACCGCCUCAAGGAUGAGUGGCGAGAGAAUAAAGAAGUUAUCGUCAACGGCAUACCAAAGAGGCUGCAGUUCAAGCAGUGGUUGGAGCACACAGGGAAGCAAUAUGACUAUUUAUCUAUGGAUACACAGCGUUCACAAAUGACUCAAGCACUGAAAGAAGAGACUGACGGCUAUAUGAUAGAUACACAACUCCCUGAUGAUGUGCGUGAAGCUAUCCGCAAGGCACAGUAUGCCGCGAAGCCCCUCAGCGCCGUUGAUCUCACCGGCCUCCCUCACAGUGAUGAUACGGUCACUUUCAACCUCACACAAGCACACGAGCACGAGGAAAUGGAUGAAGAAGACGAGAUUCUUCCUGUAAUUGAAGUCGCCGGCGGCAGCGAAGUCGAGAUGCCCUCAUCGCCGCCCUGUGCACCUGACUCUGAGUCAUCACUACCUACACUUCCCUCAACUCCUUGUCCCUAUCAACACCACACGCAGCUUCAUGAGUCACUUCUUGGCACCCCCUCCCGGCUAGCCAACGAGUAUACGGUUGACGAUCCAUUUGAACUCGGAUACUUUGACUACCUGACGAAUAACGACGAGUUGAAUGUUUGGAGACUCGACUUGUCCUUCAGUCUUUCCUUUGAAGGCAGUAUUGUGCGCGAAAAUAGUACACGCAUAAACGGGACAGACAAAGACGGUCUAGUGUUUGAGGCCACCUACGAGACGCCUCCGCCGGAUUAUACACUGCCUUCCGAAUCUGAUGACUCGAAUAGUGGCUCGAAUACGUAA